AUGACAAAGAAGAAAGGUUCGACCGCCACCGCGGGGGCGGCCGCCGGUUCAAAGGUGGCGGUGGUUGUGUGUGCCAUGCUGUUGACAUUGGCCAUCCUGAUAUUCCAUUCUGAUGAGUUCAAGCUUCAGUCCUCCAACUUCACUUACCAAUUCAGAAACAAUGGCUUUGGAGAAGAUAGCCAUGGCUUUCAAUCACCUCCUAAGAUUGCCUUUCUGUUCCUCACUCGCAGCAACCUUCCUCUUGAUUUUAUCUGGGCCAGCUUCUUCAAGAAUGGAGACCAAGCCAAAUUUUCCAUUUACAUUCACUCACAACCAGGCUUUGUUUAUGACAAAUCAACCACUAAGUCUCCUUUCUUCUAUGGUAGACAAUUGAACAACAGUAUUCAGGUACUAUGGGGAGAUUCUACCAUGAUAGAAGCAGAACGCCUGUUGUUUGGUGCAGCUCUUGCUGAUCCAGCAAAUCAGAGAUUCGUCCUUCUUUCCGAUAGCUGCAUACCUCUGCAUAACUUCAGCCAUACUUACCGUUAUCUGAUGUCUUCUACAAAAAGCUUUGUCGACAGUUUUUUGAACGUUGGCGAAGGCCGAUAUAAUCCCAAGAUGUCGCCUGUUAUACCACGGGAAAAAUGGCGAAAGGGCUCCCAGUGGAUCGCUUUGGUGAGGCGACAUGCUGAAGCUGUAGUGAAUGAUGCCAUAAUCUUUCCUCUGUUUACGAACUUCUGUAAGCGAUGGCCGCCGCCCGAACACACCACCGGAAGGCAAAAACUUAAGGUGAAGUAUCAUCCCAACUGCAUACCAGAUGAGCAUUAUGUGCAGACUUUACUUUCAAUAAGAGAUCUCGAGAACGAACUCGAACGACGAACGUUGACGUACACCAUGUGGAACAGUUCCAUCCCAAAAGGGGACAAAAGAUCUUGGCAUCCAGUUACUUUCCAAUAUUCAGAUGCAACUCCUCUGAUAAUCAAAGAAAUGAAGGAAAUCAACCACAUUGACUUCGAAUCCGAACACCGAACCGAGUGGUGUCGUGUUAACUCGAUGUAUACGCCAUGCUUCUUGUUUGCAAGAAAGUUCACUCCCGGAGCGGCUCUACGUGUCCUGAAAAACAGUUAAUCGAACGCUCCGAUUGAUGGAAAGAUAUUGUCGUAGAUGGAUUUAGGACAUGAUUUUUAUUUAUGAUAACAAAGAAGGGGUUCCAAAACCACUGUAUUUUUAAAGGGAUUUGUUGGAUGA